CAAAUCAUUAAAUCUCCUCAUAGAAAACAUAGUCUUGAGCUAAGUCUUUUUCAACCAGUGGCAGCACGAUUAUUCUUCCCAUUGGCAUUGAUGUCAGAAGUUCAGUCUUCAUUUCAAGAAGCUCUUAUUGGCAACAGAAAUAUGGAAGAUACAAACAAAUUUUUAACCAAAUUUAGAGGAUGUUAUUUUGCAAAUACUCAACUUAAUCUUGAAAAUUUAGAAAAUUUAGAUGAUUUUGAAAUCAGAGAUGAUGAUGUCUUCAUAAUCACAUACCCCAAAUCUGGUACUGUCUGGUUUCAGCAGAUAUUAUGCUUGAUUUAUUUUGAAGAACAUCGCAAAGGCAUUGGGGAUCUGGAAACAGUUGAACGCAUCCCGUUUAUUGAGUAUGCCCCUCAAGAAGUGGAUUUUGCUGAAAAGCCAUCUCCUCGUCUCUUCGUUACCCACAUCCCAUUCUACUUGGCUCCCAGGGGGCUAAAGAACAAAAAAGCCAAAGUUAUUUACAUAUACAGAAACCCUAAGGAUGUUAUGUGCUCAUUUUUUCACUUUUCAAAGAAACUGACAGCAUCCGCUACAGAUAACUUUGUGGAAUUCAUGAAACUAUUUCUAGAAGGAGAAGUGGUAGGAAGUCUUUGGUUUGACCACAUCAAAGGUUGGUAUGAGCACAAAAGCCUGUUCAACAUUCAGUUCUUGAUGUAUGAGGAGAUGAAGAAGGACCUCAGAGGCUCUGUGUUAAAAGUAUGCAAACUUUUGGGGAAAGAAUUGAGUGAAGAGGACGUGGAUGCUGUUGUGAGACAGGCCACGUUUGAAAACAUGAAGAAUGACCCACGAGCCAAUUAUGACAAUAAACUCAAGGCCCAUUUUGGGAUACAAAAAAAAGGUCAUUUCCUUCGCAAAGGUACGAUUGGAGACUGGAAAAAUCACAUGACUGCUGAGCAGAAUGAAAAGUUUGACAUGCUUUUCCAAACGAAGAUGAAAGAUAUCCCCUUGAAGUUCAUCUGGGAUAUGAAUGAAGAAUAGAUUUCUUAACAAUGCACAAAUAUUUUUACGGAACUUCUUUCAAGAAGGAAAUAUAUUGAAUUGUACACUUUCUGGAAUAGUUUUUACCUUAAGUUCAGAAAUUCCAAAGCCUUGAACCACAAAGGAGACCAUAACAUGUGAUUGAUUUGACAUCUUAAAAUAGAAGCCUUGUCAUUUA